AUGGCGGAUGCCACAAGUCCCACUGUUCUGUAUUCAGAGCAAGUCGACAUCUCCUCUCGCCUGGACAGAAUCUUUGCCGCAUUUUGGCAGAAGCUCCACCAGCGUCAGCAGGCUACUGAUCUGCAGGAAGCAUACUCACCAUGGAGACUGCUGGAAAAACUCCAGCACAAGACAUCAGUUUCAAUCCUGACUCUGGCCCGUUACCGACGGGAAAGAGAGCGGCCCCUCAAGAUGGAAAAUCUUUCCCUGGCCCACUACGCGGCCCUGAUGCUCGGAGACCACACCUUGGAUCUCCCAAAGGAACUGUGA